UAUGUAUUGUGCAGAUAAUUAAAUAAGUUGCACAAUAAUUUAUGCUUUGAACAUAUUUGGCUUGUUACUAGUUUUAGGAAUAUUAUUCAAAAGCAGAGAAUAUUAUUUAAGAGAAUGGAAAAGAAUAAGACAAGUAAUUAAAGAUUACACUAUGUAAGAAUAUAUAAUAAGUUUAUACUAGAGAUUAUAGAAGUGGUAAUAAUUUAAGAAUAUUUGCAAAGUUUUUAGUUGUUUUAGUAGGAUUUUGUAUCUUAAUAAUAGGAAGUAUAGUUUCUGUAUAUAUUAUAUUCAUUUAUCAAAGAUAAUUUUGUGGGACAAUAGUUUUGGAUUCAUGGAAAUAUCUAAUACAUUUUUAUGGAUAUUAUGUGCUUUCCUAUUUUACGUUGAUUAUCGCUCUAUUUUUAAGUUUUCAAAGUAUGAAAUCAAAUAUUAUUAAGAUAAUUGCGUCUAGCAUUAGCCAUUAUUUUGAUAAUUUAAUUUACAUCAGGUUUAGUAUUUGGAAUAGAGAGAAAUAUAGAAAAAGAAAAUAAAGGAUUAGAUGAAUUAACUGUUGAAGCAUCAGUAUAUAUAUGCAAUUUCAUAAUGAUGCUUAUUAUAAAUAUAAUAAGCUUAUUCUUUCCAAAGUUUGAUUAUUAAAAAAUUAGUAAGAAUAGAGAUGAUAAUAAUUUUAUAAGCAUUAAUACACUUUAAAAUCAUUUUUUAAGUGAUGAUUCAUUAUCUUUAUAAAUUUAAAAAUAGAAUGCUAUAUCUAACUCUAAUUCAUAAAGUUAAAGAUAAUCAAUAUCUAAAAAUCCAAAAAGAAGUUAAUCAUUUUUAGAUUAGUAAGAUGAUUUUAAUAAGGAAGAUGGUUAAUAAAAUUCUUUGGGAUCUUCUAGUAUAUAAAAGUUAAAAUUGGAAUAGUCAGGAUUGAUUGAUCCAACCUAUGGAUUAAAGAAAGAAGAAGAGGCUAUUUAAAAGGAGAAAGAGUAAAAAGAAUUAAUGAGUUAAAUUAUGGAUAUGCAUAAGUAGUUAGAUGAGAAAUUAAACAGAUUAAAAUAGGAUAGUGAAAUAAAUUAAUAACAAUAAAAAUAGCCUCUCAAUUUGGAUAAUAAAACAACUAAUUAAGAGUUAACAGAGCUUUCAGAUUAAUUAAAUUAAUAGAAAUAAUAAGAAAUCAAUGUUAAAUAAAAAUAUGAAAUACAAAGUAUUAAAAUUGAAGGAUUUGAAGAAAUUAAAAAAUAAGGAAAAAGAUUCAUAUAUUUUAAGAUAUUCUAUUUUUCAAAUUCUAAAUAAAGACAAGUCAGAACUGAACAUAAUUUGAAAGAAUUUUAAUAAUUAAGAUUAGCUUUAUAAUAAAAAUAUGUGGAUCACACUUUUCCAGAAAUACCUGAAAAAAAACCAAAUGAAAGAUUGACUGGAAAAGAUGUUGCAAGUAGAGGUGAAGCUCUUGAAAAAUUCUUAUAAUUUAUAGUUAAAAAUCAAAUGUAAUGUUAAACUUUAGAUAAAUUUUUAGAGGAAACUGCAGGACCUAUUAAUAUUGAAGAUGAAAGUAAAUUAUAUAAUUAUAUUUUAGAGGAAGCUAACAUAGAUCAAGUAUUAAAAGAUAAGUCAUUUGAUGAUUUCUUAGAAAUAAGAAAGGCAAGUGUAACAUCCAGAUAAAGUUAUUUAGAGAAAGAUUUUAAUGAUGAUAGUUUUGAUCCUAAAUAUAGUAUAUCUUCGUAAGAUUAAUCAUAAUAUUCCCAACGAGGUAAUGAUCGAUAUUCAUCAAAUAUAUAACCAGGGAUGGGAAAUGGACAUAAAUUCAUUAUUAAGGAAGUUAAAAACCUUUAAUAAAUUACAGUAUGAAACAAUAAUAUAAUAGUAUUAUAAAAUUGAGGGAUCAAUAAAUGGUUAAACUGUCGCUACUGUUUAAAGAAGGUAUAAUGAUUUUAAAGAUUUGUAUAAAAAGGUUAGAUUAAAAUUAAUUUUUAGCUAUUAGAAAGCCAAUAUCAAAUUCCUGUUUUACCUAAUGAACCUUUUUAAAAAUAGUAGGAUGUUAUAGCUUAUCGAUAAGAAGCUUUAGCUUAAUUUUUAAAUGCUUUGUAUUAAAAUAAAUCAGUUAAAACUAGUAUGGUUUUUAAAGAAUUUGUGGGUAUUUGAUCA